UGCAACACUAAAUAAAGAUUCUCCCGAGCCUUAGCACGGCGGUUCUGUGACAAAUAAGAAGACUAGAGGCAACUUUGGCUGCCAAAGCUGCGAGAUUGGUGAGGUUGAGCCGCUUGUUUGGUUCCCGGGAGGGACCAGCAAAGUUAAAUACUCCUGGAAAAGCCGAGUUGGGCCCAGCAGGUGUGGAGCUGCGCAAAUGAGAAGCAGGUGCCACCAUGUUCCUGAAUAAGUGCGAGGGGGACCUGGGGGAGCUGCGGAAGCCAGGGGACGGCGAGGGGACCCCACCGGCUGCCACCGAGGAGGAGCAGCCCAAGAAGAAGCACCGGCGGAACCGCACCACCUUCACCACGUACCAGCUGCACGAGCUGGAGCGUGCCUUCGAGAAGUCCCACUAUCCCGACGUGUACAGCCGUGAGGAGCUGGCCAUGAAGGUCAACCUGCCGGAGGUCCGCGUGCAGGUCUGGUUCCAGAACCGACGAGCCAAGUGGAGAAGGCAGGAGAAGAUGGAGGCCAGUUCCAUGAAACUCCAUGACACCCCCGUGCUCUCCUUCAACAGGCCCCCCAUGACCCCCAACGUGGGGCCCAUAAGCAACUCCCUCCCACUCGACCCAUGGCUGACAUCCCCCAUCUCCAGCGCCACCACGGUCCACAGCAUCCCUGGCUUCAUGGGAGCCCCUCAGGCCCUGCAACCCCCCUAUGCUGGGCACUCCUUCCUCAACACCCCCCCGCCAAUGGCACAGGGCAUGCAGCCCAUGGCCCCUGCACCCUACCAGUGCGGCACCCCCUUUGUGGACAAGUACCCGCUGGAGGAGGUGGACCAGAGGAGCUCCAGCAUUGCCUCACUCCGCAUGAAAGCCAAGGAGCACAUUCAGACCAUUGAUAAGACCUGGCAGCCCAUUUGAUGAACGCUCCCCUCCGAGCUCCCCAGCCACCGCUCCUGCCCCUGGUGCUGGCUUGGCCCCGUGGCGGGUGAGGGAAGACAGUGGGUGCUCAGCAGGACCA